AUGGAAACGCUAGUUACCAAGGGACAGGCUCGGAAGAUUCAUCCCGAUAAGGUCAACGAAGGGGGUUGGUAUUUACCACAUCAUCCCGUCCUGCAUCCCCAGAAACCAGACAAAGUCCGUGUGGUUUUCGACUGCUCAGCGACGUAUAGAGGCUGCUCAUUGAACGACAAGCUGUUACAGGGGCUGGACCUCACGAACACCUUAAUCGGCAUAAUGAUGCGAUUCAGAUUAGAAGAAGUUGCUUUCAUGGCAGAUAUAGAGGCCAUGUUCUACCAAGUUAGAGUUUCCGACAAAGAUUCACAAAAAACAGCUGAUGACAACAGUGGGUUUGACGAUGCUGUUACAAAUACAGUGAGACGAAAUUUCUAUGUGGAUGACUGUUUAAAGUCAGUUGCAACGGAAAACGAAGCAGUUCAUCUUUCACAGCAAUUAAGGGAUCUUCUAAAGACUGGAGGAUUCCGACUAACCAAAUGGGUGUGUAACUCAAAGGAAGUCCUAGACAAGUUGCCAGAGUCUGAGAAUGCACCGAGUGUUAUGAACCUGGGAGAUGAUGUCCAAGAGCGAGUUCUUGGCAUUCGAUGGUACGUCAACGAUGACAACUUAGGUUUCAACGUUGCACCAAAACUUCGACCACUAACUCGACGAGGCAUACUCUGUGUAGUCAGCUCAGUGUAUGACUCAAUGGGGUUUGCUUCACCAUGUGUCCUUCCAGCCAAACAGAUUUUACAGGAUCUGUUCCGUCAGGGAAUUGGGUGGGAUAAUGAUAUACCAGAAAACAUCCGAUCAAGAUGGAACAAGUGGGUGGCUGAAAUCACACUGCUAAAAGUUAUGAAGAUAUCGAGAUGCUAUAAGCCAUCACAAUUCAAAGCCGUAGAAAGUGAGUUACACCACUUUUCUGAUGCAUUAACUGUAGGAUAUGGAGAUGUAUCAUAUCUCGUCCAAGGAGACUCUGUUGGCAAUGUAUGCUCAUCACUAAUCAUCGCAAAGUCCAAUCUUGCGCCAAUUAAAUCAACAACCAUUCCUAGGUUGUAG